AUGGCCUCUGCAAGUGGACAUGAGGGUCCCAGCUCCUCCACCACCGCCACCGCUACCAUUUCCUACCCCGGCGGCCAAGUGCAACCACUUGCCGGGUUGGAUUCGUUGAACCAAGUUGCUUCGGCUCUCAGUCAGCAGAUCAACAAGAUCCAGGCCCAGCUCCACAGCACGACGCGGGAAAUCUGCGAGCAGCUACACCUGUCAAUGCGGCGCAGCGACGGCAUCGCCAGCCGUAUGGACCGCCUCGCCACGUGUCUCGAGGGGUCGUCGCUCCGUGGCGAAGACACGGCCCGCUGCCUGGACGCCACGACUCAGCUCGUGAACACCUUGGGUGCGCGUGGCGACACCGACGGCAGGAACAUCGACGCACUGUUCAGAGACCUCGCGGACGCAAACCAGUAUAUCAGGGGCGUGCAAAACUUGGCGCACGUCCGCAUGAGCUCCCUCGAGGACAGAAUCAGGAACAUUGAGCGCCAGGUCCAUGGGGAUAGGGCAGACCCGCUCGCGCCGCCUCCCACGCCCAUGCCCAAGGCGGCAUCUAUGGCGACGGAGCAUCCAGCAGCGCCUGAACUGUAUCAUCCCUUGCCACUCCCUGCAACGUUUGCACUACAGCUUCUUGGGGAGGGUCCCGGACAUCUCCUUCUGCAACAGCCACUGCAUCGUCCAGUGGACAGUGAAAUGACACGUUUGCCAACAGCGACAAGCCCGCGGGAGGCCUGUGAACCGCCUCCUUCCUCAGAUAUUUCGGAGACGAACCCACUCCACCAGGGCCUGAACCAUGUGGUCCUUGGUGCGAACAAGCCGUUCCUCCCGGCCUUGGAGACUGACCCUGUCGCCAAGUCCUUGCCUGGCUUGGGAGAGGGUCACACUGCCGAAGUCAUUAGCAUUGCCGCCGUUGCAUUUGCCGCGUUAGUUUCCACCACCUUUGCCAACUUUCUGGAGAUACCUGUCCAACUUCUCUCGUCUUACCUCAGUGCCAGGGACUUGGACUUGACCGAGGCGCGUCUUCUCGUUGGUGAACCAGACAUUGCAUGUUUCCGCUUGUCCGCCAUGGCUGGCAAUUCAAUCGCUAUCCGACAGGUGUUGCGGCUGCGCAGAAACACCAAUUUCAAGCACAUGGACAAAUUCAAUUGA